UUUGCUAUCGUGGCGUAGCAGCUGUUCUUGCGUAAAAAUCACGCAUUGCACGUAUACGUAUACCGGUGUGAGGCUUCUGUAACGCUGGGAGCACGCCUUCGCACGACACGGCCAUCUGUGGUCUGUAUUAGUGAUGUCUGAUCAGCUUCGACGAGCUCAGAGACCUAGAUUGCGACUGAACGGUUUGCUUUCGUCGAGCUCAAAAUCGCUCGAGUCCGCAGCCGCAGACGCAGUUGACUCGCUGCUGUCGAUGGCAACUCCUACGACAACUCCCCCGUCUGCGCCGCCGUGCACGCCCAUCAAAGACUCAUCAGUCGUUACCACCAGUGCUGUUCGUCGUUCAAACAGUAGUCAGGCCACCGGGGAGCCUAUCACCCAAGGUAACAAGUCUAUGCUUCUAGUGGCCCAGAUACUUACAGGAUUCAAGGCAAAGCAGGAAGCGACGCACGACUCUGUAAACGUUUCAAACAACCAGUCUAACAUUUCUACGAUGAAUGGAACUGAUCAGCAGACUCUGACGAGUACAGUAGAAGCCAAGGGGACUAUAGGGACCACGCCCUCCAUGGAGGACGCCCACUUGACCCACGCCCCUGUUGUCGUUGGACAGACCAUUGAGGUGAAAGAAGUGGCGAGAGCUGGACGUAGAAAGCUCCAUCUGUGUCAUUAUGAAAACUGUGGAAAGGUGUACGGCAAGAGCUCGCAUCUAAAGGCUCACAUUCGUUCUCACACAGGCGAGAAACCGUUCAAUUGUAGGUGGGAGAACUGUGGCAAGAAGUUUGCCCGUUCUGACGAACUUGCGCGGCAUUUGCGCACACAUACGGGAGAGAAACGAUUCGCCUGUCCUGUGUGCGACAAGCGUUUCAUGCGGAGCGAUCAUCUAACCAAGCAUACGCGAAGGCAUGCCAACUGGAAGAACUUCAAACCAAGCAAAAUGCACGUCGUCAGAGAUGAGUCAGACGCGACUAGUUUCGCUCAUUUUGCCACCGUGAAGCCUCUGGAAGGAACAGUGACGUCCGUUACCCUUUCCGUACCCAUGGAAGAUGGGAGGGUCCCCGAACCGGUGUCUGUCAUCGAGAUUCAAGGACCGGACAGUCUCGUCAAACCUGAAGGAAACUUUACUAGCAAACAGGUCAGAGCUUCUACCGCCGUUAUCUCCCAAACUAUCGACCCUGCAGUUAUUCAUGCGAUGACAGUCCAGACUGCUGGCCUCCAACAGUCGUAGAUAGUGAGGACACAUUUGUAGUUGCUUGUCACUUUUAGGAGUGCUCUAUAGCUAGUGCUGCAUGGGUGCUUUAGUAGAAAUUUGCUGUGAGUAUGUAUGUGUUCAGCAAUAGAGUUAUCUAUACGUAG